AUGGGUGGUGGUUUCAUUCAAAAUCGAUCAAAUGGAAGAGUAAAUCCCAUGUUGUCCCGAGCCUUGGGUAUUGCUUCAUGCGCAUCUUGUCAUCCGAAGAAACCCCUCUAUUACAUUGUGAAUCUCGUCAUUCCCACAUCCGUUAUAACAAUGGUCGCUGUCACUGAAAAUGUACUCCCGUCCGAUUUCUCCGAUUAUCACCUUCAUUUUCUUCCACAAAAUUGCCAAAUGGCUCAGCAUUCGAGCUCCAACAACAUUGGUGGAACUAAGGGCAGAGACAGGUGUUCGGAUACAAGAGGUACAAAGGGGAAACCAUCUUUGAAACGGCCAAUGAACAACAACUACGAUACCGAGCUCGGAUCGAUUAAUCCGAAAGACGGCUUCCACCAACGACACCCGUCAAAAACAACCGCCAGUUACGGCUGGAUCAGCCGAGGAGUCGACACUAUCGAAGCCGCGCUCGCUCGAUCGAACUGGCAACGACUAGCCAGACAGGCUGAGCCUGCGAAUGGAAGAUUUCUGGAAAAUGAAGACCUAUCACUAACA